AUGGCGUCGCCGGUCUCCGACGCCGCCCUGGAGGCCUCGAACGCGUCUUCUACUGACCCAGAGACUCGUCACUCGAACGCAGCCGAAGCGACUCUACCUACAGCCCCGGAACUGGAGACAGACGCGCGUCAGCCGCAAGUGGAGACGGCAAACACUACUGCAAAUGACGGAGAAGAAGAAUCCAAGGAGAAGAACAACGAGCAGGAAGAGGAGAAGGAGAUGCAGCAUACGCGACAUAGCUCAGCUCGAUCGCGGGACUUGGACAUGCUGGCGGACACUGUGCGCUCGAUUGUCACGGACGUCGUAGGAACGGUAGGCGCGCCGGUGGACAAGGCACAAAGUGAGGACAAGACUGCGGUGGUGGAGACCGUGGACGGCUCUACUGACGUGGGCAUUGACAUGGCUACAACCCCUGAAAGUGAAGAAGCUGUAACAGUGAGAACCGAAGCACCAAGUGUACUUCGUGACAGUGACAAGGAGACCACCGACGCUUCGGAGGUGGGGGAGCAACACGAUGAGGACACCCUGGAUGAUACCGCUGGAAGCUCGCCGAAGCGCCCGCCAACGGCCUCGGAGGAGACCGAUCGAGCUCCCAAAAAGAAGAAGCGUUCCGAGUACUCGGACGAGAUCCGUGCCUUAUGCGUCCACAGACAUCAGACUGAAGGGGCUUCCUACGCGACGAUCUCGAAAGAGCUCGAAAUCCCCCAUGACACAGUGCGGGCGAUUGUGCGGAAGGCGAGGCGCACUGGUAGCGUGAGCUCGGCACCACGCAGCGGACGCCCGAGGAAAACGAGCGGGAUUGUGGACAAAUUGAUACUUGAAGCUGUGAGGGCCAACAAACAAUGCAGUGCGAAGGCCAUUCAACAGGAACUGCUACGAGUGUUUGGCGUCAAGAUUUCGCCCGAGACCGUGCGGCGGCGGGUGCUGGAACAUACCAAGCAGCGGAUACAGUCCGUCUCGGGUGGGGGUUCUAGUGGUGUGUCUGCAGUGGCAGAAGACAACAGUGAGUCUGGGACUGCCAUUGCGCUCGAAGUGGCAACACCUUCCGAUGGCAGGGCACGCGUAGCCAAUUCCUCUUUAUCCGACUCGGUGUCAUUCCAGCAGUUGCUCAACGAAGAAGCGCAGCCUGCGUCAGAGUCGGUUAACAUUCUCAGCUUAGCAGCAGCCACUACUAAGGGCAAUCGGGAUACGCAGCCUGCAGACUCCUCUCCUCCCCAUACUGUCAGCGGUGCGAACAGCGAUGCACCUCAGGCGCAACCUGCCGAGCCAUCUCAGUCGGAGGAUGAGCCAGCACCCCAGAAGCGGCGACGCAGUGAGUAUAGCAUUGAGACGCGUGAGCAGUGUGUGGCACUCCGAGCACAAGGUCAAGGGUAUCGACAAAUUGGUAAGGUCUUGGAUAUGCCUCACACCACUGUGCGAGCAAUUGUCGAAAAGGCUCAGCGUACGGGCACAGUUCUUCCUGCAAAGCGCAGCGGCCGCCCACGAAAAACAGACGACAUCGUGGACAAGGUCAUCUUGCAGGCAGUCAAGUCGAAUGAGAAGAGCUCCGCGCGCGUGAUCAAGGAGCAGUUGCUCGCGGCGUACGGCGUGCGCAUUUCGUGUGAAACAAUUCGUCGCCGCGUUAAGGAUCACAGUCGCCAGUGCAUGUUGGCGGCAUCGUCCGGGGGGAUUCUGGAGACGCUGCCAAAUGAUGGCUCUGCAUUCAGACAGAACGCAUCGCAGGAUCAGGGGCUGCUAGCUGUGGCAAUGACAGAUUCCUCGUCAAUGCCACCAGCAAACAUCGUCGCGUUCGACGAGAAUGGGGUGCAUCUAUAG